AGGGCACUUUCUCUCGAGGAAGUAAAAAGUCAGGCGCUCAAACACCUGACAUACUGCCAACCACUGGACUUCAGAAACCGGGCGUGGGCCAGAGCUUUUCUAUUUCUUUCAAAAGCACAGUUUUACUGUUUCUUGUUAAGCGUCACUGAGAUCGUUGAUGAAAGUGGUAACCCGUGUUGCUGUUUUCCACACCUUGUCUUUUGAGGUAGGGUUUCCGUCUAGCGCGCGACUGCGGGAAAGGAUUCAGCGGAACAGAAACAUAAAAAAACUCUCGUCGAUCAACUUUCAUAAAUUCUGAUUCCUCCCAACCCUACAACAGCACGUGGAACAUGUUUCUCUAUGUGGUUUUAUUAUUAAUGCGCGGUGUGUCUGGAACAGAGAAUGAAUCUGAGCCGAAGACGGUGAUUGAGGGAGAUUCAGUCACUCUAAACACUAACCUUUCCCAACUACUGAACGACGAUACCAUACUGUGGAUGUUCGGAUCCAAUGACUUCCCCGUAUCUCAAAUAAAGAGAAAGAAUGACUUUAACUCGCUUUUCCUCACUGACGAUGUUAGAUUCAGCAGCAGACUACACGUGGAUCAAAAGACCGGAUCUCUCACCAUCGCAAACACCAGAACCAAACACUCAGGACAAUAUAAACUCACCGUCUCUAGAGAAACAACUACAACGAAGACUUUUAAUGUGACUGUCAUUGGCGUGCUCACUGAGACAGACGAAAUAACAUCACUGUCAGUAUCAGUGACAGAAGGAGAUCCCGUCACUCUUCCUGGCGAUGCUGAAACGCACAAAAACGCUCUGAUGUUGUGGAGGUUCGGAGACAAAGGAAUCCUCCUAGCCAAAAUCGACUCUGAAACAGGUGAAAUCUCACUGAACGACGCCGACGAGAGAUUCAGAGAUCGCCUGCAGCUGAAUCAGAACGGGUCUCUGACCAUCAAGAACAGCAGAAGCGAGCACGCCGGGCUUUAUGAGCUCCAGGUCAAAGGCCGCGAGAGCUCACAGCGAGUCCUUCUUUCUGUCAACGCCGUCCCAGAUCCGGGUCUUUCUUCAGGGGCUAAAGCAGGAAUCGCUUUUGCUGUUUUAGUUCCUGUUGUGCUGCUGGCGGCGGCAGCCCUGGCUCUGAUUUACUAUCGCCGCAGGAUCUCUAAAUUAAAAAAGCAAGUGGGGACCUUGACCCGCACAAACACAAGUGAAGCUGUGGCAGGUGAAGAGAAGCAGGAGACAGCGACGGAGGGAGAUCCUUUAACACUACGGACCGGUCUCACUGAAAUAAAUACUGACCAAAUUAUAAAAUGGUGCUAUGAAGAAAAUUGCAUCGCUGAAAUCAAUGGAGAGACCAGACUCUCAUCUACAUUUGACAAUGCUGACAGGAGAUUCAUGAGCAAACUGAUGCUGGAUGAGAGAACUGGAGACCUCACUAUCAGUAACAUCAGAACCCUACACAAUGGACUCUAUACACUAACCAUCAGAAGCAGCGGGAAGACCACACGCAAGAGAUUCGUUCUCACUGUCAAUGUGGUGUCCAUGUCCGUGAAGGAGGGAACGUGUGCCCUGCUCCAGACCGGUGUGGAGAUUCAGCCGGAGGAUCUCGUGCUGUGGACAUUUGGAGCCCAAAACCACCUCGUCAUUAAAAGUGAUUCAGGAAAGACGAGCUCCGGUAAGCGGUUUAGAGACAGACUGGAUCUGAACAGGACCACUGGAGUGCUGACCAUCAAAAACAUCCGGCUCACAGACUCCGGACUUUUCAAACUUCAGAUCAUCAACAGCGAAAAGACCACCUUCAAAAGAAUCGAAGUGACGGUCACUGCUGAAGGAGUGAAUGAAGAAGCGACUGCAGUGAUGCCGCUGUUGAAUGAGGAAGUUACCGACGAAUGAAACCCGCAGCACACGACGAGUCCGGUUUGAGACACGCCCACCACUGUGACAUCAUCCACAAUCAGGCUCCACGGCAUUUCUGCCUUCGGUGAAAAAUGUGAGAAGCGUCGGGGAGAAGUUGCAGUGAAUUCUUGUGUGAUGAGCGCACGACGAAGGUUUGGACGUGUUGAGCCUCAAAGUGAACCAUCUUCUGCCCAAACUGAACUGAUCCGUGGUCCUGCUGGGACGAGAUCUGAACUCCAGACAGUCAAGAUCACGCUGAAACACUGAACAAUUUGUCGCUUGAAACACUGUUUGCUUUUUACGGUUAAAUAUCUGUAUUUAUUUUCUUAUCAAUAUUCCUCUGUCAAUCGAAUUUGUGUUGUAAGCUAUGCUUCAUUAAGUCGGUCAAAGGUUAAAGUAAGUCUCCAUUUCAAGGUAGUUUUGUUUUAUGAUGAUCACUGAUGGUGCUGCUCGUUGUAUUUGUGCUGGUCAGACUGAAAAAUACACCAAAAAUGUAAUCAGGUCAUCAAUACACCAUCAUCAUUGUCUACUGCUCUUUCCUACUUUGGUUUGACUGAUUAACAACACAUUUUAUAGCCAACUGAGAGAUCAGUUCAAACAAUAAUGAUGGUAUUCAGUCACAAGAUGGAGCUAAAGCAUUAGGAGAGUCAUAUUUGGCUGCACUCUAUAAACCUGAAAGCCUAAAUACACUAAACACGUUAUAAUCAAAUGUGCAUUUUAUAUUUUGCUUGGAGAUAUUUGUAAUUUAUUUACAAAGUUUCAGCUGUUAAAAGCUAGUUUUCCCAGAGGCUCGGUUCUGUGGUUCAGAGAGACACUGUAGUUAUAAAAAAAUCUGUCCUUUUUUUGUUUUGUUUUUUUACAAAUUUUCAAUAAAUUGGUGCAGUUGUCCUCAGUCUCCUGAAGAUGUCC